UCUAACAAAUAUCAUGUCCGAUGGACAUUUAUUUUGUCCAUGGUAUUCAUCCUGCCAUUUUUACACCAUAAGCUAAUCAACCUCACAGCAGCUUCUCUACCUAUCUCUUUUCAUAAAUAAUCCAUCAUGCAACCUUUCAUAGGGCAACCUAUGAUAGAGCAGGCUAAUAUGGCAGAGCCUAUAGCACAACCUAUGGCUGGAUAUCAUAUGGUGCCGCAACCAAUGAUUCCGUACGUUGUAGAAGUAGUGACACCACAUUCGACACUACCUAUGAUACUACAAGCUCCGUAUCCCAAUAUCGUAAAGCCAGAUACGCAACACGAGAAGACGUCAGGUCCACCCUACAACCUCGACAGCCAGGACAUGCAAAGCGAACUAAAGCGAGGACCUAUAUCAGGAAGUUGCGCGGUGUCAUGCUUAUUUCAAGCUAUACCUCUACGCCACCUUAGUAUCAUAUUUCGCAGCCUCUCUGAAUAUGGCAAGGUCAUCGAAGAGGGCCCCGACAAGCUUGUGAUCAGGUUCAAGCAUAGGAACCCAGAGUUGAUGCAACAAGUGAUUCGACACGCAUGGGUCACUCAAUACGUGGGUUUCGGAGUGCAGUGCCGUAUGCAUUGUGGUCCACUAAUUCAAUAUAAAACUAUCGAGAUGACACUCGAGCGCGUCACGAAUAUGACCCCCUCUACUUCUGAUUACUCGACACCAGCCGAAAAUACACCCUUGACUAGCGAGGUUUCUACCGAGGAUGGAUAUUUGGACGUUACCGCCAGCGAAAGUGGCGACAAAGGUGGUGAAAAUGGAGAAUAUCACCCUAAUAUCAAUUACGACUAUUUCGGCGAAUAUCAAACGCAGUUCACACGUUGCAAUAUAGUCGUUGGUGUACCUCUGCCGCCUCAACCGGUCUACCCAAUCAACCUGCCUCAGCAGAAUGACGGUGCUUAUGAGAAUCAAGUUACGCAUAUAGGAUGUCAAGGACAUCAGGAAUACCUAGUACAACCAACGCACCAAGGAUACCAAGCGCAUCAAGGACGAGGACAUCAAGGACACCCUGUAUCUACAAAUCACCACCACCACACCCAUGACUACCAAGGCUAUGAAAAGCCCCAAAGAUUCCCGGGUCCACGGAGCCAUGCGCAUCACGGCAACCAUGAAUUCCAAGGCCCUCCGAUGCAUCCGGGUUACCAAGACAACCACGGGUUUCAAGGAUACCCACCAAAUCCGUCGUAUCAGAACACCCAAGUGGGACAGUACAAUCAACAAUUUCAAGGCAAUCCGGCACAACAGUAUCAGCAGGGAAAUCACGGCGGUUGGAACAAUCAAGGCUAUUCAACACCUCAGAGCCGUCAUCAGCACAGCUUCAGUCAAGGAAACGCAGGCUUGUCGACACCUGAAGAUUAUCAUAGAAGAUAUAGGAACCAACGUGGUAAGAGAUUUUCAACGCCCCCGCAUAAUCGGAAUAACCACCACGAUCAGGGUAAUGCAAGCUUUUCGACGCCUCGAGGUCAUCAAUCAAGAUAUACCGACCAACGUAAUGAAAGCUUUUCAACGCCCCGGGGUUAUCAGAAUAACCAUAACGACCAAGGAAAUACGAGUUUUCCGACGCCGCCGGGUUACUACAAUAGCCCGGGCAAUCCAAACUACUCAACGCCUCCGGGCUAUCGAGGGCGUUAUAGCCAACCCAAUGAUUGCUUUUCGACCCCCCGAAGUUACCAGGGAGGAUAUGAUAACCAAUGUAACGAAGAGGUUUCGAGCCCUCGAAGUUAUCAAGGCAAUCCAGGCCCUUUCCAGAUUCGUGGUCACCAUACUUACUCUAGCCCGCGCAAUGAAGGGGUCUCAAGUCCUCGAGGCUGCCAGAAUAACCGCUCCGGUCAAAGUAAUAUCAGUGUUGCAAUACCCCUAGCCUACCAGAAGAAGAACGAUAAUAAAUUCAACAAAGACAACUCGACACCCCAGAAACGUCAAGAGAAGAGCAAAAACCAAGGCAGCGACAACCAAGCAGCACCUCAGGAGAAGAUGAAGCGCAAGAAUCAAGUCGGCGAAGGCACGAACAAGCCUCGAAACAGACGGAUGAACCGCAGGGCUGGCUACCGGGGUAAUCGCGGCCGCGGAGGCGGGAAUGAGAGUGGCGUGCAGAAUCCGGGUUUGGCUGCAGGCGUGGCUGCGGAUACGGGUGUUAGUCUACCUGGCGGAGUCGCGCGAGAAACUAAGAGAUCUCGUGAGCACGUUGAGGAAGAUGAGGUGGUUGGGAAGGCUGAUGGGGAUAAGAAAUCGCGAUGAGGGGGUUCUAGGUUAUCAGUGAUGCACGGAGUAAGGAGCUGCGUGCUAGGUAUAUGGGAGGUAACUUGGCCUAUAUAGCUCGAGGUUACGGGUUUGGUCAGGGUUACCGGACAUCCGUUGUUCUUGAUGGUUGGACCUGAUUGACUACCCACGAUACUUAUAGGUGCCUGCCCAUCUAGUACCCACUAGGAUAACGAUUUGAUUUGAUUUGGAUUAAGGCAACUGAGUCGUGAUGUCGGUGGCUUCCGUAGCGUUUGUGAUUUUCGUAAUACCAAUGCAGAUGAUAGGGGUAAAGAUUGGCAACGGCUGG